AUGCCUCGAGGUAGAAGCAAGUCCAUUGUUCAAAAGAUUGCCAAUGAUGUGCCGAAUGAUUCUAUGGAUGGAAAUCGCUUGGACAAUCUUUUAAAAGUUCACGGCACUCACGAGAAUGUUACCAGUCCACCUAAUCAACAAACCAUCAAGCAUACUAGAGCACAAUCUGUUAGCUAUCUAUCUGGAGAAAAUAGACCUCAAUGUUUGACCAGCCACCUCCCUGAAGUUCAUACAACCUACCCUUUAACAGAGGCAGAAACACAAAGUAUCCAAGCUCGUUACCUCAAUACUUAUGACUACGACUUCAUCUUGGAUCCACACCAUAUUACCGUCAUCAACGAUUUCCAAUUGGAUACGAUAUUGAACUUCCAAAAUAUUGUUAAGAGGAACAAAACUCAAGUGAAGGAAUUUGUCGAUGAUACAGAUAAUAUAUUGUCCAACGUUGAAUCAAUGUUGUCCAAAUACAGAAAGAUUUCCCAUGAUACGCUCGAUUUUGACAAGGAAGCCAACGAAUUAUUGGAUUUACAAACAUCGUGCCAAAGCAAAUACGAACAAAUCAACGAAUACUUGCAACACUUUGAAUACUUGGAUUUUGUUACCAAGAACUUGUCACGAUCGGGUACUCAUCUAUUAAAUUCUAGAAGAGAAUUCUUUAUUGAUUCUAUUUUGAAAAAGCUUGAUUUGUCUUUAGCAUUUGUUGAGGAGCACCCAGAUUUCAGUCAGUCAGAGUUAUAUGCAAGCCGUUUCAGACAAUGCAUGACAAGGGCACUUUCGUUAAUUCGAAAUUAUUUAGGUAAAGAAUUAAAGUCUAUUGCUGAUUCUGUGACCAAUAAGUUGCACAACGAGGCUCUGGAUAAAAAGCAAAUGCAAUUGACAAUUGAUUUAUUGUUAUACCAUGAAUAUAGUAAUUACCUUAAAGAAAAUCAGGACGCAUUCAAUGAGUUGAUCCUUCAAAUUCAAGAACAAGCUUCCACUCAUCCUGAAUACAAUGGGUUGUUACACGAUGUUUUGAAUAGGUAUUUUGCUGAUAGGCUUGCAUUUUUGAAAUUAUAUAUCGAGAAGACUUCUACAAUCGACUCAAUUUAUACGAACAACACUCCUGAGUUGGUACAAACAUGUCAAGACCAGAUUUCCUAUUUUGAGAAAGUUGUCGAGAAAGAGCUUGGUUUAUUUAAGAGAUUCUUUGUUCCUCGGAGUCUGGAUGAUUAUGUUAUGAACGAAUGGUAUCUGUUCUUGAAGAAAGUUUUGGAACCAUUGUAUGAUGUGGUUCGCUUAUUGGUUUUGCGUGAGCUGAACAUUAGUCACUUGUGCCAGUUAACAACAUUGUUACAAAAGUAUUACGAAUUUGACAACCAGGAUCAAGAUGGUUCCUUUAUCAAUGCAGGUGGUGCUAAUGAAGGAAUUCUGGUUGAUCAUGGUGUGCUUUUCCAACCUUUGCUUGAUGAGGUUCAGAGCAGAUUAGUUUUCCGAAUCCAGAAAUACGUUGAUGAGAAAUUGAUUCGUUUCAAACCAAAUGUAACAGAUUUAAAGUGUGGAUACCAAGUCAGUGGUGGUACUUCUAGUGAAAACAAAAGGAAUGAAUCAUUGAAUGCAGAUUAUAGCGAAAAUUUAUUCCCGGAUAUAUACUUGCCGCUUGGGAAAUCAUUGACGUUGUUGUCUAAUAUUUAUGAACUAAUCAAUUCUGUGGUGUUUGAUGAUCUAGCUCAUUAUAUCGUUCAUGCCUGUAUUGAAUUGCUUCGGGGUGAAUUCUUAUCCUUAGCAACUGCACAUAUGGGAUCCAUAGAUGCCAAGUUGAUCUAUCUUAGAAACUUGUUGAUUCUAAGACGUCAAAUAAACACGUUUGACAUCCAAUAUACCCGAUCAGAUUACCAGAUUGAUUUCACUAGCGGGUUGGUAGAUAUCUGGCAAAUGAUAAAAACCAGAAACUUUAAACUUAAUAACAAUGGCUUAAUCGACUUGGCAAGUAAAGCAGUACCAAAAAUUAUCAGCAACAUGAUUGAUGCAAACCAGGAAAUUGAAAUUGAACUUGGAAAUGCCGUUACAUCGUUGAUAAAUGAGUGUUCAAACACUAUAUGUCACCCAUUGAUGUUACCUGAAUCCCAAUCGGAAGUUUCUAUAUCUGUUAUUUGUUCAUUUAGAGAUAAUUUGAUUUCGGAAAUUCCUUCCUUUUAUUCGAGAAUUACCCUGUUCAUUGACGAUCCUGUUGUUAGUCAUUUCUUGAUGAAUAAUUUAUCCAAUGCAAUAGUAGCAAUCUAUGAGAACUACUAUAAUAAACUAGCUGCCACUGUACAAACUAUGAGUGAUGAAGAAAAGGAGCAAUUCAAUGAAAUAACUGAAGUGGACUCCAUUUAUGGCUACAUUACGGAAAUGAUUAGUCAGUUGCAUAACGAGAAGAAAUUUGAGAACGAAAACAUCGAAUCGUUGCAGUUUGAUGAAAAUAUAUUGCAAGAGUUAAAUCUUGAUGAUAAAGGUGCUUCCAAAAUGGAGAAAUCGCCAUCUCCCCUAACUCAAAUUGAAUGA